AUGGCCUCAUUAAUCGGAAAGCCAGCACCAGAAAUCAGCGGUACCGCCGUUCGCGAAGGACUGUUCGAGGAAGUUACAAACAAGACAUACGAGGGCAAAUGGCUCAUACUCUUCUUCUACCCAAUGGAUUUCACAUUUGUGUGUCCAACUGAGAUUUUGGCCUUCAACAAGGCACUCCCAAAGUUCAAGGAGCUUGGCGUUGAAGUUCUCGGUGCAUCCACCGACUCAGAAUUCACCCACUUGGCCUGGGCAAAUGUUCCACGUAACGAAGGUGGUCUCGGCCCAGACCUCAAGCUCCCACUCCUCUCAGACAAGUCACACAAGGUAGCAAAGAACUACGGCGUUCUCCUCGACGAAGGUGUAACCCUCCGUGGCUCAUUCUUGAUCGAUCCAAAGGGAACACUCCGCCAAAUCACCGUCAACGACCUCCCAGUUGGACGCUCGGUCGAAGAAUCGAUCCGUCUUGUCAAGGCAUUCCAAUUCACUGACGUCCACGGUGAAGUUUGCCCAGCUGACUGGAACCCAGAGACCAACAGCUCAACCAUCAACCCAGGCAACAAGUCUGAGUACUUCUCAAAGCAACAGUAA